UGUAAACAACAAAACUCAACGCCCGAUUCGAAAGCCCCGCAACAAACCUAGUAUCAGCAACAUGAAGUUAUUCGCCCUAAACGUCAUCGCUGUUUUGUAUUUGUGCAGCUUCGUGGCUGCGGACAAUGAUACAGAUAUGCAAGAAAGGGCUUACGGCGGCGGUGCACCUUCUUAUGGUAGUCCAGCGGCUCCUUCAUACAGUGCCCCAGCAGCUCCUGCAUACAGUGCUCCAGCACCUUCCUCAUACAGUGCCCCGGCAGCUCCUGCCUCUUACAGUGCCCCUGCUUCUCCAGCUUACAGUGCUCCAGCACCGGCCGUCCCAUCCUACAGUGCACCAAUGUCCAUACCAGCUCCCCCCUGCCCCAAGAACUACCUUUUCAGUUGCCAACCCACUUUGACUCCUGCACCCUGCUCAGCGGCUGCUGCUUACGGAAAUGCGGCGGCAUAUUCACAAAAUUACCCCGUCUAUGCCAUACCUCAAUAUGUGAACGCUUAUCGGAGAUUUUAAUAAUUCGUUGAAAUGCUUAGAAAGAACUGAAUGAACGAGUUGUUGACAUUUUUUUAUGAUUUUCUAUUAAAUAAUUUCUAAAAAUAA